CGGUGGGUGCGGGGAAAUCUUUACGAUGGAUUCUGGCGAUACUACUUUAUGUGGUCACUGUUGAAUAUUUUCCAAGAUGAUCAUUCUGAAUACCUGACACCAGCUCUAAGGCAGACGAGUUAACUGAUCGCAGGAUCACUUCAAGAGCAAGCAUAAACGCAUUGAACACAAUGGGCUCCCUCUCCACCAUCACUACAGCCCCUGGGCAGCCGCACAGCGUGCCCGUGCCUCCAGCAGGCGUCUGGGCUCCUGCGGUCACCUUCUUCGACCCUGAAACAGACAAGUUGCGGCCGACCGAACAAUCACAGUAUUAUUCCUACCUGUCUCGCUCUGGCCUCACAGGCCUCGUUGUGCUGGGAACCAACUCAGAGACCUUCCUACUUACGCGAGAGGAGCGGUCCACCUUGUUGAAGAUCGCAAGACAAUCCGUUCCUGAAGGCUACCCCAUCAUGGCAGGAGUAGGAGGACACUCGACGGCGCAGGCAAUCGAGUUCAUCCAAGAUGCAUAUGAGGCCGGGGCGAACUAUGCCCUGUUGCUCCCUGCUGCCUACUUUGGCAAACAGACCACUCCUGCGGUCAUCAACAACUUCUUCAACACGGUGGCAAAGGCGUCGCCUCUUCCCAUUGUUCUGUACAACUUCCCUGCGGUGACCAACGGCAUCGAUCUUGACUCAGAUACCAUCACAGCCUUGGCUCAGGCCCAUCCCAACAUUGUCGGGGUCAAGCUGACCUGUGGAUCGGUGGGUAAAAUCACCAGGCUUGCUGCUACCUUCACCCCUCAACGGUUCACGGUCUUUGGUGGACAGUCUGACUUCCUGAUCGGAGGUCUGGCAGCUGGAAGUGGAGGAUGUAUUGCUGCAUUUGGCAACGUCUUUCCCAAGACCCUGGUCAAGAUAUACGACCUGUAUACGCAGGGCAAGCAUGAUCAGGCCCUUGCCUUGCAUCGUAUUGCCGCCCAUGCAGAGAGCCCUACAAAAGCAGGGAUUGCCACGACCAAGUAUGCUGCAAGUCAAUUUACCGCAAAGGCCGCAGGGAUUCAAGGAGAUCUAGAGGCUCUGUUGAGACCCCGGCAACCAUAUGAGGAGCCCACUGCGGCUGUCAAGAAGAAGAUCUUGGAGGUUAUGGCCCCGAUGGAUGAAAUUGAAAAGACUCUAUGAAGAAUAAAAAUGGCAUCGGAAUUUGAUCAGCGCCUACUAGUUCGUGUCAAAAGAGUAUGAUAAAUGGCGCUGUCUUCUGGUUUAUAGACUGUAAGGCAUGAAGAAUGCUGGCGUCCAGAGUACGGGCUCGGACUACCAAGGGCCUUGAAAGCCAAGCUCAUACACCAGGGCUUGUUGGGUGUGGGGAUUGCUUAACAGCUGUCACUGUCAGAGCCUAUUGUUUAACUAUGAGUUUUCUUUGUAGGUACUACGGAGUAGUACGAAUACUUGAGCACCGUGGCACCCCC